AUGAAGCUUACUACCUUGUUGUCGGCCGUCUUCUUGGCCAUUGGAGGUUUCCUGUUCGGCUACGAUAGUGGUAUCAUUACCUCCACUAUUGGCCAGCCCGAGUUCAUCAAGUACUUCUCCAACCCCAACGACAACACAACUGGCGGCGUGGUCUCGGCAUUCCAGGGUGGUGCAAUCCUAGGAACAAUCAUUAAUGUCUUCACUGGUGAUCGUCUUGGCCGAAAGCUCUCCGUCUUUGCCGGAGCAUGUAUCUCGAUCUUUGGGUGUGCUCUGCAGGCGGGUGCGAUCAACAUGGUGAUGCUCAUCAUCGGUCGAUUCAUUGCCGGAGUCGCAGUUGGCAUGCUCACAUCUGUUGUCCCGAUGUAUGCUGGUGAGAUGGCCGAGGCCUCGUCACGUGGUAUGAUGUCAGGCUUGUUGCAGUGGAUGUUGAGUUGGGGAUUUCUAGUAGCCCAGUGGUUGGGUUAUGGAUGUUCAUUCAUCAACACACCCUUCCAAUGGCGUUUCCCUCUGGCGUUCCAGUGCAUACCAGGUAUCAUCUUGGCUUCGGGUGUAUGGUUCCUGAAUGAGUCCCCUCGUUGGUUGAUGGAGAAAGACCGUCACGACGAGGCCCUUGCUACUCUCCAGAGAUUACAUGGUGAUGGAACCCCUGAGAAGGAUCAGUACAUUGAGCUCGAGUUCCAGGAAAUCCGCGAAACCAUCGAGGCAGAGCGUGCAUCCACCAAAAUCACUUGGUCCUCGAUCCUGACCAAGCCUACCUGGCGCCGUCGUCUUAUUCUGGGCUGUGGAGUUCAAGCAUUUGGUCCUCUCUCAGGUAUAAAUGUCGUCAAUUACUUUGGGACACGAAUUUAUGCAUCGUUGGGGUUCGAUACACACACUACCCUGAUGAUCAUUGGCAUCUCCGGUGCCCUGUCCAUCGUGUACUGCACCGGCGGUCUGUGGGCACUGGAACGAGUCGGACGAAUCAAGCCUCUCAUCAUUGGCUCUGCCGGAAUGGGCCUUGCACUAGUUUGCAAUGCUGCCAUGUCCCAGCACUACAAUGAGCACAAUACCAACCAGCUCCGGGCCAUGGUUGCAAUGAACUUUGUCUUCAGCUUCUUCUACACCUUCAUCGGUAUCAUCUCAUGGGUUUAUCCUGCCGAGAUUUUCCCUGUGGAUAUUCGCAACCAGGGUAAUUCCCUUACGACUUUCACCAAUUGGACCAUUAACUUGGUUUUCGCACAGUUCUCGCCCACUGCGCUGACCAACAUUGGUUUCCGAUACUUCUAUGUCUUCUUCGUGUUUAACAUCAUUGCCAUGUUUUGCUACUACUUCUUCUUCCCGGAGACUAAGGGCAAGACUCUUGAACAGAUGGAUUUGCUUUUCGGAGAUAGCAAUGUCCUUCCAAGUGCUGACGAGAAGCAGGAGACUACCCUUGUGGAGCAUGUGCAGUAG